AUGUCUACCGGUGACCACACCGCCCACCCUCCUAACUCGCAAGAUCGCGACCAUGACGAGCUUCGAACUCGACGACCGCAACGAAAUGGCCACACGCAGAACAUGAUCAAUCAGUCGCGAAUUCCUACUUUAAGUCCUGGGAAUGGCGCACAAUCGCGCAUCACGUUUAACAAUACCAGGACGCUGAAGGGCGCAUUCCAGGCUGCCGCCAGCCCCCCUCCACCCGCCAACGAUGGCGGUGAAGUGAAAACCCCUCCAAGACGAGUGAUGGCGAGGGAGAGGAAAUUCUCUGAACCAUCACCGAUGGCGGAAAUUUCAAGCCCCCCUCCGGACGAACUUAUCGAAACCUACCAACAGAUUUCUGACGCGGAUAUCCUGGCCGAAUCUGUCGCUCCAGACCAUUUUGACCCUUCCUACGAUCAACCACAACUCGAUCGGACACAAAGCGUCUCCCCGAGCCCUGGGAUGACACGACGCGAGGACGCAUACGCUGGUACGGGUGAUAUCCAUGACUCUAGUCUUAGUUUUAGCGACAUCUCAGAUGAGUCGUUACGACGAAACCUUGCUCAACAUGCUUUGGAUCAAGCGCGGUUGAAACAGGUUACACAGCGAGAAUCCCCAGUUUUCAGCAAAGCUAAGGUCGGGCCGAAAGCUGCUUUGUCGUUAGAGAAUCUACAAUGCCAGAAUGAAGAGGAGGCGUUUCGGGAAGAUGUAGAACCUUCCCUCAACGUUCCAAAGACGUGGGGGUUGCGCGGGCGCGUGUCCAAGGAUUGGCUAAACAAAUCUAGUCGACCAAAUGGGAAUAACCAUGUGAAUGAUGGAACGGUACAGUCAACCGACGAAGGACUAGAGCAUGAUAUCGACUUUACUGCCCGAUCAUUCCAAAUUUCUGAUAGCCCACCCGUGCGAAAUAAUCCCGCUCCAAGGAACGAGAUUGAAGAAUUCAGGAAGAAAGCGUUUACUGAAAUUCGAUUGGCGGAAAGCGAACGAAGGGUGCCACAGGAGCCGGCCCGACGGUCAAUAGAAGGAGAACAUAUACCAAAUUCUCCCAUUACUAUAUACCGCGAGAUGGAUCGGGAAAGACCGAGACAUUUAUCUAAAAACGACCCCCAGGAGCUUUUACGGACACUUUCGAGAAGAGAAAGCCCGAGUGUGGCCAGCACACCGGAGCAGACUGCAGUUGAUAAUACCCUCUUAAACGUUAAGACCCCGGUGGUGACUGGUGCAUGGAUAGAUACGCCUGCCCAGGACCAUACCGUAGAACUCCCACAAGAUCCUUCUGUUGAAAUUAAUUCGCCUAGUACGAUAGCAGCUCAAAACCAGCCCAGAAAUAGACGCUUAGCAGAGGCAGCAAAGUCCUUGUCACAAAAGUCACCGCCGAAAAUGCCACCGCCCGAAAAACCGUCACCAGAGCUACAAGAAAAGACAAGGCCGAAACCAAAGAUAAAGAGAGAUCCUCCAAAAACAUUAAAAAAACCCAAAUUACCGCGGAGCGCGUUGGAGGCGGUUAUUGAGGACGCAAAAUCUGGAAACCAUGACCUGUUGGUUGGAGAAAGCACCCUUGACUCUUUACAGGAGCUGCUUAAUGAGAACUCAACAAUAUUGGAUUCUAAGCCUUUUAUUAAGUCUGAAAGUGAAGAGGAAGAGAAGGCGUGGGAAGAGGAGACCAAUGAUGUAUCUCCUGGUCAGGCAGACGACACCGUGGUUGAACGGUUGAAUAAAAAACUCCAAUCUCUCGUUCAGAGUAUCAACGCGACGCAGACCGGGCUUGCAAGCCUUGAACGCCAGAUCACCAAGGACGCUAGUAUUUUAUUAUCGCAAAGCACCAAACCUAGUAAGAAACCGCUUCGUCGCCAUAUGGAUUCUUCCUGUGAUGCCAGUGGCCUCCAUAACGAUGACUAUCACUACGUUGUACUUCCCUUACCUCGACUGUGGUAUCGUCACCCAGGCACCAACCGGCUCCGUCUCACGCGCCUUAGCUGGAUUGUCCUUGGAUUCUUCACUUGGUACUUUGCGGAGUUGGUUAUGUGUGACUUCUAUUGUCAUCCACUGUAUGCCGCGACGUGCGAGCGGAAUUGUCUCGAUCCUAAUGCGCCGCGGAUGCCCCUAGUGAUACCGACCAUGCUCUGGCGCUGGUCGCACCUCUCAGCUAUUUUAAGUCCUGUGUGGGCAAUCCUCGUUGCAGGGUUCCGGUUCAUAGCACAAUUGCUAGGUCUCUGGGACGGGUUCUUCGACAAUCCACCUGGUUGGGAGUGGCCAGCUGUGGAUUACCAGCAGAGUAUACCCUUCUCUCAGCCGAAUUUUGACCGCUUUGAAUCUGAUAUGGAUAUGGGGAUGAUGCAGGAUGAAUAUGUAUAG